AUGUUGUUGGGGAGGGGGGAGGUGGGGUUUCUGAGAGGGGUUGGGUAUCAGCAUGAUGCCGCGAGACACUGCCCGUCCGAACAUAGGGAGGACUCUACCAAGGAUCACAAGGGCGACGAGGCCGACCAGCGCAUUUGGGACAAUGGCGGAGGAGGAAGAUGUGCAUGCGAGCCAACGCCACUAGACGAGAACUUCUACAAGUUGGUACCCAUGGAGAGCCCGCAGAAGAAGCCGGCGGAUACGUGUAUAAGAAGGUGGUUGGGUGGGGAGUGGUUGCGGAAGCGGGAGGGGUGGAGACGGGAGGUUGAGGUUGCUGUUGGGGGAGAUGGGUCUGGGGGUUAUGUGUUGGGUUGA